AUGUCAAUCCCGCCCGCCAAUGGCACCCCCCUGUCGCACUCGACCCCCGACCCAGCAGCCCAGCCCGGUGCAUACCCCGCCGUCACCAAUGGCAGGAAACGCAAGGCCGAUGGCACCUCUUCGCGCGGCGUCGCCAACCUGACCCCGGAGCAGCUGGCAAAGAAGAGAGCCAACGACCGCGAGGCCCAGCGCGCCAUCCGCGAACGCACCAGGAACCAGAUCGAGACGCUGGAACGUCGCAUCAAGGAACUCGAGAGCCAACAGCCUUUUCAGGAGCUGCAAAACGCCCUUCGCCAACGCGAACAGGUCCAGGCCGAAAAUGACGACCUCAAACGCCGCAUGCAGACCAUCUUCUCGUUGCUGCAGCCCGUCGCUGCCUCACAGGGUCUGAAUGACCUUGCUGCUGCUACCGCCCAACAGAGUCCUUUGCCAAUGCCUCAACACCACCCUCAGCAAGCUCCCGCACCGCCUCCUCAAGCUCUCAUCAGUCUCACACUCGCCCCUGCUCCCGUACCACAACAUCAACUCGUAUCCGAAAUGCCCAACCAAAGUUUCGGUAGUUUUCUGGCUGAGGAUCGCAAAGUGCUUCCGCCGUCACCAUCAGCACGCGACCUCAUGCCCACCCCUUCGGCCGAUAUGCCGGUGCAUAUGCGUCUUCCUCGCAAUCUAGAAGCGGCUACUUGCCCCUUGGACAGCGUAAUGUUGGACUUCACAACAGAGCGUCGCAAAGCUGCAGCCCAGGGCACGCCUUCUUCCUCGCUGGUCGGCCCCGCCUACCCCUCUAUAUCGUCUCUCCUAAACCCAGCUCGCGCACCCAAGUCGCAUCCUCUGAGCAAGCUCUUUACCGACGUCUUGGCCAACCUUCCUGAAAUUGACCAGAUUCCAGAGCAGGUUGCCUGCUUGUACAUAAUGUUCCUUGUCAUGCGCUGGCGCAUUGCUCCUACUCAGGAAAAUUUCGAACGCCUACCCGAAUGGAUUCGCCCUAUCCGGUCGCAGCUUGAAGUCAGCCACCCUAUUUGGUUUGACAACGUGCCAUGGCCUUGGAUGCGCGACCGUAUGAUCAAAAAUGCUUCUGCUUAUCCUAAUGAGCGUUACGGUCCUCUUUAUUGUCAAGAUCUAUCGCUGAACUGGCCAUAUGAUCCCCAACAAUGUCUCUUACCACGUGCGAGCAGUGUCCAUGGCGCUGAAGCUACAUCGGCUGCGGUAUUGGACGACGACGAAGAGUUCAUGAUCAACCCCGUCUUCGAGUCUCACAUGCGCAACCUCAGCAAUUGGUCCAUCGGCCCUGCCUUUGCCAAUAAUAUGCCCGAGCUUGCUGAAGGUGUUCCCGUCAAGCCAAGGUAA